CAUGUUCGACAGCGAGGAAGGUGCAUUCUAUCACUUUCGGGCCUCACUUUUGUCGUCUGUUUGUUAGCGCCUCACAGGAAAAAAAAUGAAUAACAUUGUCCGUAUCCAGCCAAUGCAGUAUAUUCACCUCUUAGAUCUGAACACCAAUGUGACUGUAUUAGAGGUUGGACCUAAGAGUUUAAUUCUUCAAGACAAUCAUAAGUUAGUGGAAGGUCCUCUGCCAUUUGUCGUCAUUCCACCUGGCCACUACUGUGUCAUAGAGAACCCUGUCAAACAACCUUGUGAACCAGGAAAGCAGUGUCACCUGAAUCAUGGCCACAGAGAAAUGAGGUUUUUUAAGGAGCCAUUUCCUCUGUACCCGGGAGAAACCAUUGAAGGGGCAAGAAAAAUAGAAGGAUAUAAAUCUGGAAUCAAGGCUCUUCCAGUGCUUGGACCAAAUGAAGGUCUUCAGUUAAUGGCUAUUAUGGAUCAUAUGGACGGUGAUGAGGAACGUAAAAGUGGAGACCUAUGGCAGCUAGAAGGGCCUCUUACCUACAAACCAACACCAUAUGCUGAAAUAGCACGGAGGGUGAAGCCACGUAUUAUAAAAUAUGGACAAGCACUACGACUCAAGGCAAAGGAGGACUUAAUUGACAAGACAGGAAAGUUGAUGGGGCCACAGUCUUAUCUACUGAGGGAUUAUGAGGAACUGUGGGAAAAGGAGCUGACUGAUGAUGUGGAAAAUAUUCUCAAGAAUGGUGGAGGAAUUGGCAGUGGAGACAUACGAAAAAUGGCAUACUUUGAGUCAUCAAUUGAUCCUUCAGUCACAAGAGAGCGGGGCCGAGACAAGACAAGAGUGAUUGUGUACCGUUGCCCAGGAAACACUGCUGUGCAGGUUUAUGAUUACUUAAGGAAGACUGCCAGGGUGAUCUUUGGACCAGAUCUUGUUGUGCUUGGACCGCAUGAGAACUUCAAUGUGCUCAGUUUGAGUGCUGGGAAACCAAAAAAACCACAUGCUUUGAAAACAAUAUGUCUGAUGCUUGGGCCAGAUUUCAUCACGGAUAUUAUCGAGGUGGAAACAUCUGACCACGCCCGGUUGAAGAUCAAGAUUGCAAUGAACAACGUUUUUGAGGUUGAAAGAGGAAAUCAUGAAUCAGAGCAAGCCAUCUUCUCUGUUCCAGAUUACACUGGAAAUGCCUGCAAGAGUGUUGCCAGCCGGAUACGUGGUAAAGUAGCACAAGUUCCUUUUGAUGAGUUCCAUCGUUACUCCACGUCCAUUAUAAAGAAGGCUGUGUUUGGCGUGGACAAGGAUGGGAACGUUAAGCAACGGCUUAGAUUUGAUGCAAACCAAUUGGUGGUAACUAACGUGGAUAUUCAGAGUAUUGAACCUGUGGACCUACACAUGAGUGAAAGUCUGAGUAAAUCUGUCCAAAUGGCAAUUGAGAUUUCCACCAAGUCCAUUGAGCGAGCGGCAGAACACGAAGCAAAGAGAACAGAGCAAAUGGCCAAAGGAAUGUUAGAAAGACAGAAACUCACGAACGAGAAGGAAGCAGAGAAUGCGCGAGUGAAGUUAUUUGAACUCAGAGCUGUGACAGCUGCGGUGGAGUCCUCUGGACAAACAAAAGCAGAAGCACAGGCCCAAGCUGAACGGUUGCUGAUCGAAGGCGAAAGUGCAAUAGAAGUUGCAAAGUUGAAAGCGGAAGCUGAGCAGGUUCAACUUAUUGCUGAGUUAGAAUCAAAAAGACUGGAAAAAGAAGGCGAACUUGAACAUCAGAAAAAACUCAAUGAACUGGAGCUACAGAAGGCCAAGGAAUUAGCAGAAAUCGAGUCAAAUAAGUUCGCUUCCAUGGUAAAAGCCGUGAGUUCUGACGCAAUCAAGAAGAUUGCACGCUCUGGUCCCGAGUCGCAGGCCGGACUUCUCAAGGCACUGGGAAUACACAAUGUACUUAUCACUGACGGCUUUACACCUCUAAACUUGUACCAGUCCUCUAGCGGCUUUGCUCAGCCAGGAAUGAUGAGCUAGAGACUGGAAUGGAAUAUAUUCCGCUAAAUGUAGAACAACUAGUAAAAUUUGUAAAUCUCGGUGUUCUUGCACGUGCUGGUAGAAAAAUUUCUUAAUUGUAAUAAUUAAGUUUGAAAUUUAGGUAGUAGUAUAUUUUUGAAGCACCACACAAAUUGAAUCUAAUUUCAAAAGGGACUGACGGAAUAAAGGGCGCGUAGAAUAGACGCUGAGAAGAAAUAAUAUCGAUUUGCGCGUUUCCGCUUUAGUCCCUCCCUCCGUGUGAGAAAUAAUAAAUAAAUAAAAAUCAAAUCUAUUUAAAUGAUGUUGCAGACACAAGGCUGAGUGAGCUUUUAAAGUAAUUGUCCUCUCAUGUAAACUCUUCACGUAUGACAUACCUGUAACAGUAUCAGAAAAUAAACCAAUCACGAAUAAUUGUCUCCCGUGUGAACGCGAUUUUUCGUUGCACAUGCCGAUCACGUGUCUCUCACAUGCAUCGGCCGAAAUUUAUGUUAAGGCCUAAAGGCCACUUGUAUUCAUUAGUUUGGAAGAAGAGAAAGACCUGUUUAUCUAUCUAGCCAAAAACGAAAUAAACAAUGGCUGGAUUGAUUCUAUAUUGCUUCCACAAUAUGUCCGUAAAGUUGUUACUUAAAAUUGAAAUUGUGUCCAUUUGUAUAUGUAUGAAUAUUAAAACGCCUCUGUACGUAGGUAA